AUGGGUUCGAAUGAUUUUGGGGCACUCGGUGUGGGCACAAAACAAACCAUAGCAACUCCAGUAGUCGUUUCGUUUGAUCACCUUGCUAUCGAGGGACGCUCUAUCAAUCCAAGUGAGUCCAUUGUCGAGUCCAUUGUUGCAGGACCUCGUCAUGUUGUACUUCAUGUGCGAGCCGUUCUCGGUGAUGAGCAUACGCUCGUUGGCUGGGGUUUGGUCGGACAUGGCCAACUAGGG